AUGUCAAAUCCGCCGCCCGCUCCCGAAGACACCUUGCCUGACCCCCUGGUGACACCUGCCGCGCCCGCCCAUCAUGAUUGCUCGAAGGCGGCCGACAGAGCUUGGCCCAUCCCACGUCACCACUUGUCGCAGGACCAACACUUGUCCCAGGGGGCUCAACAGGCGCCAUCCCCAUCGCGCGCGGAAUCCCCCACGGCUACCCAUCGAUGGUCCCAACCUGCAUCCUCGUUCGCCCUAAAAAGGACGCCGACGAUCCCGCUGGAGAAAUUCGCCCGUCCGGACUCUUUCCACAGCCCACAACUGUCCGAGCGAGAUAGCAUCUUUGCAACCCAUUAUAUUACCUCGGACAGCGGCGCCAAUACCCCACAAUUCCCCCCCGACAAAGCCCCGGACAAUGAGCGCCCGGUCAAUCUGACCUCUGACCUGGAUGAGGUGUCCAGGUCUCCCAGUCCGCGAUCCAAGGUCUCUCCCCACCAUUCACACGUCGACUCUUCCCACAUGGAGGUUGACGUCCACAGACACUUUCCAUUGCGUUCCCCACCUCUUUUCUCUCCCCCGGAUGCUCCUCGUCUCUCUUUGCUCCGUUCGUCCAUCUCGUCUGCAGACCCGGUGAUAGACCAGGCGGAAGCUGGGGCCCAAUCUGUACAUCUAGGGACACUGGAAGAAACAGGUACGAAGCCCGGUGGCUCACAAAACGCUCUGGCUGAACGCAGUCUUCUUCCAUCGGUGCUAGAUGAUGUCUCCGAGUCUCCCCAGACUUUGACGCCAACGUCUGGCCCGGACUGGCCGAUGGUGAAUUCCGAGGGGGUCUCUUACACACGCGCGGACCCUUCACGGAGUAUCGGACUGGAGCGAAGCUCAAGCAGGGGGCGUCGCAGCCGCAUGGACAGCUCAAUUGAGGCAGAUCUCAGCAACGUCGAGCCUGCUUCUCAUGUGCGCAGUCGUAAGUCCAGUCACUACUUGGGUUUAUUUAAAGAAAAUACCACCACCUCACCUGAUCGCAAGCGAUGGGAAGAUCGGGGGAAGCAUCACGAUGAGCAUCCGGACUCCAAGGAUCGUGGCAUGGAUCUCGAACCCCAAGUAGCACGUCUGGCGUCGGAGGAGGAAGGGUUGAUCCGAAAAAGCAUUUCGCUCCCCAUGUUAGGCGAAGGGCCUAGCUUUGAAUCACAACAGUCGACUGAGACGACCCAGCAGGCGGAACAAGAGGAGCCGCUCAAGCGCCACCCUCCAGCACUCCCACGCAGCCUUCUGGAGGAGAUCCGUAAUUUUCAUCUCACUCCUGGUGGAGGGCGUGGAUCGUCCUUUUCCAAGAGUAUUCCGACUCAAUAUGCCGAACGCGGCCGCGACUAUUUUCAGAAAGAGGCCCAUGUUGAACGAUUUCACGAAUCUUUUAGCUCUCUCGAUGAGGAAGGAAGAGAGCGGCGGGGAUCCGCGCAAUCUGAAGAUGAUGAAGAAGAGAAUGAGCAGAUUUCUUCUGCAGUUUACUUUCCUCAUGAACGUGUUACCGUACCUGAAGACAUUGACGUCUCUGAGCCCUUGGCGGCAGAUUCACGAAGCACACAAUCAGUGCAGUUGGAGAAGGGCCAUGAGCUGAUGUUGGUGCCCCAAGAACGUAGCCCUUCACCGGAACAGAAUGUCGGCCAUGUCGAUAUAUCCUUCCGAUCUAAGAAUGAGAGCAAGGUCCUGCAUGGUGAACUUGGAGAUAUCAGACCGCCUGCUGAGGGUGCGGACAAAUCCUUAAGCGCCAUCUCUGAACGCAGUUAUGAUUCCACUUGCGAAUCCGAAGCUGUGUCAGCGGAUGAAAGCGGCCAUUCGCUUCACGAAGAAUCCAGCUUGACUGAUGAUGCUGAAUUGACUCCGACCGCGACUCCUACUCAGCGGCCACGAUUACCACCCAAACGCAAGACUGCUGGACCUCUAGGCGCUGUGGAACUGAAACCUUACCGGCAUCAAGUUGGUGGCCACACGACUGUAUUUCGCUUCUCCAGGCGUGCGGUGUGUAAACAAUUAAAUAACCGAGAAAACGAGUUCUACGAGCGCAUUGAAAGGAGGCACCCUGAUAUGCUUGUGUUUCUUCCUAGGUAUAUUGGAGUCCUCAACGUGACUUUCUCUAAGACUUCAAAACGCUCCAAAAAUCAUAUUGAACACACGGGGACCAAUAUUUCUGAACCGGGACACUCCAGUGGAACUUUUUCGAUGAAGUCUCAUUCUCUUGAUGCGCCAGAACCUCAGCGGAUUGUUAGCCAAAAGCAGGUGACUGGCGUGAUCCCCAAGGUUAUCCUGGAGAACAACCGUCACAUCAUUCCGGCGGAUCUUUUCUCUCCUCCCAAGCGAUUUCAAACCUCCCGACUUGCCCCUGAUCCAAUUAUGGACCGACCGCGCUCCGCCGAUGGCCUGGGUAAACUAUCCACUGACUCGGAUCCCUCGGAGUUGAGAAAGCGCGCCAAGAUCUGGGGUGCUACCACUGUCAACCGGAAACUCCAGGAGCAGGUGCUACGAGAGGUUUUUAGCCCACCAGCUAUUCACCACCAUCGCCGCCAUCCUCGUGGACACAUUCAUUUGCCAAGAGCAACAUCUGACAUCCCCCGUCGCCGUGGAAACUACUCAGAAGACCACGCUUCCAGCAUUCGCCCUUCUCCCCUGGAUAGGGUUGAGGCUUUGCAAACAAAUGCAAUGGACAUUCAGCACUCAUCUAAGGAGGGACCGACUCUAUCCUCAUCAGCAUCCACUGCACUGGAUGAAAAUCGUCUCGCAAAAGUCAAAACAGUUGACCAGAUCAAUCGAUCUAAUUCUCUUAAUAGUGGCCAACAAGUACGAAGGCGGCACUCUGGUGGUGGUCUUCAACGCCGAGGAAGCUUGAAUUCCCACAAUACUGGUGACCUGAUGUUUUUCGAUGACGAAGGAUAUGGCGGUGACCGGGAAGAUGAGAUCUUUUCUAUGGAAGGCGAUGCACCUGUUCCACAUGAGCAUGCCCCUCCGAAUAGGCUCUCAAAAUCCCCCUCAGAAAGCACAUCCUCCGGCGAGGCACAUGCAGGUAGAAUGGCAGCCCCUCGUAAGCUGUCUGAACUCCUUCCCCGGCCCGGAAUCGAUCAAGAGGUGGGGGCUCAUCUGCCCAGCAACCCCAAAGAGGCGCAGCUGCGGAAAGAUGAACGUGUCCAAUUUUUCCUGCUCCUGGAGGAUCUUACUGCUGGGAUGAACAAGCCAUGCGUGCUCGACCUCAAGAUGGGUACUCGACAGUAUGGCAUCGAGGCUACUGAGAAAAAGAAGAAGUCUCAGAGGCGAAAGUGCCAGUCUACUACUUCCCGACAGCUGGGUGUUCGUCUUUGUGGCAUGCAAGCCUGGAAUGUCAAGAAGCAAGAGUACCUUUUCGAAGACAAGUAUUUUGGACGAGACUUGAAGUCUGGACGCGAGUUUCAGGAUGCACUCACCCGAUUUCUCUACGACGGGGUUAGCUAUGCUAGCGUGGCCAAGAAAAUUCCCGUUAUAUUGGAAAAACUUUCUCUCCUGGAGCACAUGAUUAGGAAGCUGGAUCGAUACCGUUUAUAUGCGAGCAGCCUCCUAAUUCUGUACGACGGGGAACAGGCAACUCCCUUGACUCCGCCACAAACCCCUAGUCACACAUCGGGCGACCGGCCUGCCCCACGGCGCCGGGUGUCUGAUGAUGGCCAUAACAAUGUCGAUGUCCAGCUGAAGAUCGUUGACUUCGCCAAUUGUGUCACUGGCGAAGAUGAGCUACCCCCCGACACACCUUGCCCACCACACUAUCCUCAGGAUAUUGAUCGUGGAUACUUGCGUGGUCUUCGCACGUUGCGAAUGUAUUUCCAGCGUAUCAUGAAAGAGAUCACUCAGGACGAGUUUGUUGAACGCGGUGAAGGCGAGGCCAUUGCAUUAGGCUCCCAGCCUGCCGUCCGUGAAUUACCUUCUGAUCAAUACUGGGAUGAAAGUAUCGUGGAGACUGAUAUUGGCGAAGUCAGUUUCUGA